GCAGGAAACACGCAGCAGAGAACCAGCUGGAGGCUCGAGACUGAUUUAAAGACGAUCAGAUUCAGUCCAUCCAAGGUUCCUACCUGCGGCAGAGAUGGGGGGUCAGGCCUCGUCAGUAGAGGACGUCCAUGUCGUGGUCGUUGGCGGUGGAUUCGGAGGCAUCGCGGUGGCUCAGCAGCUGAAAUCUGGAGGACUUUGUUUCACUCUGAUCGACAUGAGAGACGCUUUUCAUCACAACGUGGCGGCGCUCAGAGCGUCCGUACAGCCUGGCUUCGCUCGGAGGACCUUCAUCCCAUACGCUGAGACCUUUGGAGACAGUUUUGUUCAGGGACGAGUUCAGCGAGUCGACACCGACAGACAGACGGUCGUCCUGGAGGGAGGAAGGGAGAUCCAGUACUCCCACCUCAUCCUGUGUACUGGGACUGAUGGAACCUUCCCCGGGAAGUUUAACACCGUGGCGUCGUAUCAGACCGCCGUCCAGACAUAUGAGGACUUCGUCAAGCAGGUGCAGGCAGCAGGCUCAGUGUUGGUGGUGGGAGGAGGGUCGACCGGUGUGGAGAUGGCUGCUGAGAUCAAGACUGAGUAUCCGGACAAGAAGGUGGUUCUGAUCCACUCCCGAACGGUGCUGGCCGACCCACAGUUGCUGCCCAGCGUCAGGCGGCAGGCGAAGGAGGUUCUGCUGGAGAAAGGGGUGGAGCUGCUGCUGGGUGACAAAGUUGCCAACCUGUCGCAGCUGCAACUAAACGUGACUCAGAGGAACACGGAGGUGAGGACAGAGCGAGGAGACACGCUGACCACAGAUCUGAUCAUCUGCUGCACCGGGCUCAGGGUCAACUCUGCCGCCUACGCCUCGAGCUUCUCGGGCUGCCUGGCUGAUAAUGGAGCUUUGAAGGUGAACGAUCACCUGCAGGUUGAAGGUUUCUCUAAUGUCUUUGCUGUGGGCGACUGCGCCAAUGUCAACGAGCCCAAGAUGGCGUACCACGCCGGGCUGCACGCCACCGUCGCCGUGAGCAACAUUAUCAAUAGUCUGAGCGGGAAGGAGCUGACCUCAUAUCGCACAGGUAACGUCACCAUGUUGCUGGCGAUGGGUCGUGACGACGGUGUGGGUCAGUUUAACGGGCUGAGGUUGCCUCGUUGCCUGGUUGCCCUGGGGAAGAGUCGAGAUCUGCUGCUGUGGAAGAGCUGGAGGGAGAUGCAACAGAAGCAACCCUGACACACACACACACACACACACACACACGUUUGUACACUUGUGAGGACCGUGACCAAGGACUUUAAUAUGAACCCAGGUUACUGACGCAGGUCAAAGGUCACAUUUCUUUGUGUUUACAACUUUACAAAAACAACCUGUAAACAUUCAUGUGGACGUUUUAAAAUUCAGACAGAUUCACGUGGAAA